AUGCGUUCCAGCAAUUAUGUUGCGCAACACCUUCCCAACCCGAUUAUCAGCAGCAUUUUGGAGUAUGUCGCCGACUUUAAAAGCAUCAGCCUCGUUAACAGCAUUUACCUCGCUCGACCCAAGAUUAACACGUAUCUUCAGCUCACGCAAGUCUGUAGCAGCUGGCGGUCGGUUAUGAUGCACCCCUUGUGCCGAGACAUGUCCAUUAUACUCGGUUGCAUAGAUGGCCUUGACAUGUUUGGGUACCGCAUGUGGCCAGUCAACGAGUCGUACGGAAAGUAUACAUUUGACCACUUGGUAAGGUCACUGCGCUUGGUUAUCGACUACUGCACAUUAAAAAACGGAUCGGCUCUGGAGAGGUUGAAAGAGCUGCCGUACAAGGACAUGGUUUUCGAGAAUGCACACACAUUGAACUUGGUUUUUGGGACUGUUACUGCUGCUAUGGUUCCGAACGUGCGCAAUAUCUUUGUAGAGAGCAGGCCCGACAACACUGGUCUGGACGGCCGUGUAUCUGGGUCGUACGACAUAGUGCCCCUGCUGUUGAGCGGGGUUAAAAAGUCGAUGUUCAGUCUGGGUGACUCGAGGUUUAUUGAAUUUGUUAAUGCGGAAAGUUUUCUCGGUCUAACUCACUUGGCUUUUGGUGGGGAUAUUGACGAUGAGAGAAUUAUAGAGCUCGUUCACAGCAAUUCAGCGACCUUGGAGAAUCUCGAAAUAAAGUUUAUCCGAAAUGGCAAUGUGGCCCACCUAGCUAGAACUAGCAAUGGCGCGUGUGCAUCGUUUCCAUGCUUACAGAAGCUGCACUUGAAGAGAAAGUCCAAGGGCGUAUCAGUCGAGGAAGUUGCGCUGACCGAAGCCAUUAUGUUCCCCAGCCUCCAGUGGCUGACCAUUGAAAUGGAGCAUCCGUUCGGUGACGAUACUAUUUUCAGAGGAAACGCCGAGACGCUUAAAUACAUAGAUAUGCAAGUAGACACGUCGACAUUGGACAUGGUAAGCAGAUGCGGUGUUUUUGCCAAAGGUCGGCCGGGUGGAACCGGCAUUAAUGUGUCUCCAAGCCAGCUGUCGUCGAUUGCAAUGGCCAUGGCUGCCGGCUCCCAAUCCUUAAACGUCAACUUGUUUGACCUGGGCAGAGAGCUUAGUCCCGGUGACUUUCCAGACUACGUACAUGCACAGUACCGCCCGCUAGGCCGUUAUCUGGAUUGCCUGAACCAAGACCACAAUGGCACCGACAGCAAUGCCGAGAGAAUAGCCGCAUGUGCUAUGCUAAUGGCAAUUAUGUGCCCGAACAUGACGCUGGCUACCGUUCCUGAUAAUUUCAAAGACGGAUACACCGGCUUUAUAGAGCAGGCACUCACAAAAACGCCAUUUGGAAAGUAUGCUGACCGGCUCAAGUUUUUAACCGAGCGGACAAGAAAGCCCAUCAUACAUACGCUAAGAAUGUAA